CGUGACUGAAGGAGGGGGCGGAACUUUGUCGCCCGGCGGCUUUUGGAGGAGCUGCGGAGACCGGAAGAGGUGCCGACCGGAAGUGCAGGCGCUGAGGUAACCGGAGCGGCUGCGGGAGAAGCGGCCCUUGAGCGUGUGCAGAGCGCCGUAGGAGGCUCCCCACAACAGCCCUGCGAGGAGACCGAGGUCCAGAGAGGAGGCUUCAGAGUUGGCCUUUGCAAGAUGUCGUCCGACGUGACAGAGGCGCCGGAUGAGACCGAGAACCUGAGCUACGAGGAGACGGAGGAAGGCGAGGAGGAGGAGGAGGAGGAGGAGAACGUCAGCCCCAUGGACUUGUCUGAGCUGCUCAAAGAAGGAACCAAGGAAUCUCACGACCGGGCUGAGAACACCCAGUUCGUCAAAGACUUCCUGAAAGGGCGAAUCAAGCGGGAGCUCUUCAAGCUGGGCACAGUGGCCCUCUACUUCACAUACUCAGCCCUGGAGGAGGAGAUGGAGCGCAACAAGGACCAGCCGGUUUUCACCCCACUCUACUUCCCACUGGAGCUCCACCGGAAGGAGGCACUGGAGAAGGACCUGGAGUAUUUCUAUGGGGAGGGCUGGCGGGAGAAGAUCCAGUGUUCGGAGGCCACCCAGCACUACGUCGAGCGCAUCCGCCACGUCGGGAGGCACCAGCCAGAACUGCUGGUGGCCCAUGCCUACACCCGCUACAUGGGGGACCUCUCUGGGGGUCAGGUGCUGAAGAAGGUGGCCCAGCGGGCCCUCAAAUUGCCCAGCACCGGCGAGGGGAUCCAGUUCUAUGUAUUCGAUAACAUCUCCAAUGCCCAGCAGUUCAAGCAGUUCUACCGGGCCCGGCUGAAUGCCCUGGACCUGGACCAGGAGACCAAGGAGCGGAUCGUCAAGGAGGCCAACAAGGCCUUUGAGUUCAACAUGCAGGUCUUUGAGGAACUGGACAAGAUUGGGGCUUUGCUGACUGAAGAAGCCCAAGAGGCCGGCCUCCCAGUGCAUGAUGGAAAAGGUGACCUGCGCAAGUGCCCCUAUUACGCAGCCAAACUGGCUGGUACUGAGGGCUUGGGCGGCUGCCCCUUGGCUGUACUGCAGCAGCCCACCACCCAGCUGGUCCUGGCAGCCUGCGUGGCCAUUGCUGCAGGAGUGGUGGCCUGGUACGUGAUGUGAGGGUCCUCCUGUGCGAACGCUGCUGCCGCCGCCUGGAGGCCAGGAGGGAUAGUGGCACUCGCUCAGAAGAACUGCUACAGUUUUCCUCCAUGGAUGCAAGUGGAGCUCUAAUGCAAGAUUUAAUUAAGGAACCAUUAAACCUAAUUGCACCCUGAAUGCAUGCCCAUCUGCAUCUGAGGGAUUCCUAAUAGAUUGGCGCUUGAGACCACACACACACAUGCACACAUGUAGGCAUGGUAGGGGGGUGUUCACUGGGUUCCUUGGUCUGAAUACCAAAGUUCUCACCCCCGAUUUGCCCCAUGCUGCUGAAGAGGGAAGCUUUUGCCACAUUUGGGGGGGGGGAGAAGAGGGGGAGGCACCUGCAACAGCUGUUCUCCUUGGGAGCAAGAGCGCCAUCCUUCCCAGUGUCACACGGGGGGGAGGCUGAGGGAGAUGUCUACCUCCAAGCCAGGGAACAGCCAUCUUUCACUUGUAAGUAGCGUAGGGUGGGGAAACUGACUUGUAUAUACGGGGAUAGGCUAACGGUUUAGUUUUCAUGUAAUUUAAGGACUGUAUGAACGCCUCUGACAUAAUAAAAAAUUUAUACUUUGGCGUCUCAAA